AUGUCGACAGUAGCGCUGCCCUCCAACUACCAGUCGGACAUUACUCCCGAAUACCUGCACCAACUCGCCGCUCGCUGGGGUAUCACGAUCCAACCCGGCGACGAGGAAGACAGCUACCUUCUCCUCCUUCAGUCCGCAGAAGCCGUCCACCGACAGAUCGCCAACUCGCCAGACUACCUCCACCCAGCUCUAUCCCCAACCCCCUCGGUCUCGCCCCGCACAUUCUGGAAGCCCUCAACAAAAGCCAACCCACUCAACGCCUGGAGCCACCGCUGCGACAUCCGCGCCUCUCACCCAACCUCGACCCUCCUCCGUGGCCGCAAAGUCGCCAUGAAAGACCACAUCAGCAUCGCGGGGCUCCCCACAACAGCCGGCCUGCCCGCCUCCUUCUUUGCCCAUCCCAAUGGAUACCCCAUCUCCCCCAUCGACGCUCCUGUCGUCCGCCGCGUUCUCGAAGCCAGCGGCUCCAUCGCCGGCACAGCAACCUGCGAGAUGUACUCCGCCUCCCCGCUCUCCUUCUCCGCCGCCACCGGACCCGUCCACAACCCCUGGGCCCACGGCUUCUCCGCCGGCGGCAGCAGCAGCGGCUGCGGCAGCCUAAUGGGCUUGAACGCCGUCCCUGUCACCCCAUCAUCCCCCUCCAACGGCGACCGCGCCGACCUCGCCAUCGGCGGCGACCAAGGCGGCUCGAUCCGCAUCCCAGCCUCCUACAACGGCAUCUACGGGCUAAAGCCCACCCACGGCCUAAUCCCCUACACAGGAGCGCUGUCAUUAUCCCCCAUGAUCGACCACCUCGGUCCAAUGGCCUCCUCGCUCCCCGACAUUGCAGUCCUGCUCCAAGUCCUCGCCGGCUACGACGGCAUCGACGCGCGCAUGACGCCCGAAACGCCCCUCCGCCACGCCGUCAAGGACUACCCAGCUUUACUCGCGCAGCCGUCGCAGCCGCAGCGCCCCCUCCGCAUAGCCCUCAUCCGCGAAUCCUUCGAAGUUCCCGGCCUCAGUCCCCAAGUGCGCGACACAGUCCGCAACGCCGCGCACGCGUUCUUCCCCGCUCACGGCGAAGCCGUCAUCUCAGAGAUUGAUAUCCCCAUGCACGCUGAAGGCCCCGCCAUCUGGACGGCCGCGACACGGACCUCAAUGGGCGAGUACGCGUGCGCGCAAAGCACACCGGGAUACCUGAGCUACGGGAUGCCGCAGCUGGGGACGCUGAAGUGGCCGCUUGACAGCGAGAUGUACGCCGCCGCGACAGCAAAGAACCCCAGCGUAGCGAAUUUGGUGUUCUGCGGGGCGUAUCUGAGCGAGACGUUCCCUGGGGUGGUGGGUAAGGCGCAUCGGAAGGUGUUUGAGUUGCGGGCUGCUUAUGAUAGGGCGCUGGAGGAGUACGAUGUGUUGGUUACGCCGACGGCGCCGACGGUUGCGAUGCGCAAUUUGGAACCUGGGGGGAAUGGUAGGGUUAUGGAGAGGGUGAGGGCUGCUGUGGGGGUUGUUGCUAAUACGUGUCCGUUUAAUGCGUCGGGACAUCCGGCGUUGAGUGUGCCGUGUGGGUUUGGGGUCGGGGACGGGGGUGAAAGACUGCCUGUUGGGAUGCAGAUUGUGGGGAGGAGGUGGGAGGAUGAGAUUGUUUUGAGGGCAGCGGCGGGUUUUGAGAGGGGGAUGGUGCUUGGGAGUCGGUUGUAG